AUGCCGGGUCCCGAUCUUUCCCCAAAAUAUGUACGCACAACGUUGCUAUUAAUGAUGACAUCACUCUUUGUGACCUUGGUUGGAUUCUCCACUACGGCAUGGACGUCGUCAGAUGUGACCUUGCCAACACCAUUUGGAGAUGCUCUCACCUCACAUGUUACAGCCGGACUCUGGCGUGCAUGUGUGGAUGAUGCAUGUGGACCUGUGAAAGUGGACAAUGGCUGGUUGUUAGCUACGAGAGCGUUUGCCACCCUGGGUCUGCUUGCUGGUAUCAUGUCAACAAUCCUGCUACUGCUAUAUAUUUUUGUAGACCAGACUCACAAUGAUGUCAUUUACCUGGAUGUCAUCAUUACAAGCUUGGUACAAGUGAGCUGUAUCCUGCUGGCUGUAUGUAUCUACAGCUCCAACACCUCAGUACAACUGGCCUGGUCCUUUGCUUUCACCAUUGUUGGAAUGUGUUUGGAGUUCCUGGCAGCAUUAAUACUGAUUUUAAAGCGAUGGUUUAGACACGAUCACGAAGGACUUUAA